AUGUAUGUCACAUUGACAUUUUUAUCAUUAUUUUCGUUGUGUUUAUCGAAAGUCACCUAUUUCAAUCUGGAAACAACCUAUGGUCCCUAUUGCAAUGGUACAACAUAUGAGUUUGAGGGAGGAAUUAUACGAUAUGCCGGAACACCAUGGACUGGUGUUUGUGAAUUGAGAUUAAAAUCAUGUUGUUUGCCGCCAUUGUCUUAUAAUGUAGCUAAUGUACUGUCAACUCGGUUUUAUUUUAAAUUAACCAAACCACUACUAUGUACAAUAGAAAAUGUGACAAUUAUCACUCAGCUAAAUGAGAAGCUUUACAUUGAUUGUAAUACAACACUUGAUUCAGAAUAUUUCUUUGAUGCUGAUAAUGUCACUAUUAUAUAUCAACGAACAUCAAAAUUACCCAUUUCAAAAUUCACAAUGAUCGUUACACCAUUAAAAUUAAAACAACGUAUGUAUCUAACAUUUAUUAACGGAAAACUUUGACAGUAUCCAUACUAAAUCUAGCCCGAUCAAAAAUGCCAAUAUUUUAUUAUUUGUUAUAACUGACUGUUGAAGAUAGAUAUGAGAAUUGAGUUUAAGGGUAGCUCCCCCUCUUUUUUUUGGACAAAAAUUUCGAAUUUUAAGCUGAGUAUAGCCUAAUGUAGAGAAAAGUGUGGCCUACAAAAUGAGACCGCUCUCAGCACUCCACGAUCUUUUUUCAAAAAGUUAUGCAAUUUUGAAGUUUUUCCUUCAAAGUCUAGAAAAACUCAAUUUGUUUUGUUUCAUUAACUUUUCUCUCCUUUUCUGUACAUUCGAAAUUUUUCUUAAGCAUAGUCUGAUAGAAGAAAGUGUUUUCUUCACAAUGAGAUGUUGUACAGAAUUUUCUGAUGAGUUUUCGUGAAGAUAAGCAUCGCGACAAAUGCUCUAAAAAAAAUGGCCUAUGUACAAAAUGCGUUUUUCUCGAAAACUAUUUGUUUGCUACGGGGCUUCAUUGGACCAUAUUGCGACCCCCUUAAGUUUCAUCCGAUCGUGUUAAAAAUUUUACUAGAGAUACUCAAGGUCAUAGCGUAGAAGUGUAAUUUUGGAAUUUUAUUUUAGACCUUUCUUUACCGAGUUGUAGGGUUUCUAAAUUUACAAACUUGGUUUUUGAAAGUUUUUCGGUAUGUUUCCUAUAACUCGACCAGGAAAGGGUUAAAAUUCCAAAAAACCUACCUCUACCCUAUGAUCUUGACGGCUUGUCCAGCUAACGGUCUCCUUUUUUUUGCUCUUUUUCAAAGAACUAUGGCAAUAAAGUCAGAAAAUAAACUAAAACUGCGACUAGAUCAUUAAAUAGAUUAAACAUUUCUCUACAAAAUGAAAAGUGUCUCGGCUCUGAAUGUUGAUUCAUUAUGAAAAUACAGUUGUUGUACAAACAGGCCCAGAAAUCGAUUUUGGUGCGUUCUGAAAAACGGGUC